UGCUAAUGUCCAUCUCCAUCCAUAAAUAAGCCCCUGCCUAUACCCUUCUCUUCCCAUCCCACUCACGGCAACCAUGGCCAACCCUUGUGUUUGGCUAAUAUGCUUAUUCUCAAUCCUCCUUGGCAGUAGUGUUCUUCAACUUGAAGCUUCUCACCAUGUCUAUAGACACCUCCAAUCUCUUCAAUCCACUUCCACAAAUCAGCCUUACAGAACUUCUUAUCACUUCCAACCUCCCAAGAACUGGAUGAAUGAUCCUAAUGGACCUUUGAUCUACAAGGGAAUUUACCAUCUGUUCUACCAGUACAACCCAAAGGGUGCAGUUUGGGGACACAUAGUGUGGGCCCAUUCCACGUCGACUGAUCUCGUUAACUGGACCCCACAUGCUCAUGCCAUCUACCCUUCCCAGGAAGCUGACAUCAAUGGCUGCUGGUCUGGGUCAGCCACCUUCCUCCCGGGCGGCAAACCGGCCAUUUUGUACACUGGAAUAGACCCUCAGAAACAACAAGUCCAGAACUUGGCUGUGCCCAAAAACCUGUCUGACCCAUACCUAAUAGAGUGGGUUAAGUCACCCUACAAUCCACUGAUGGCACCCAAUGCCAUGAACCAAAUCAACGCUAGCUCAUUUAGGGACCCCACCACAGCUUGGCUAGGCCUAGAUGGGAAGUGGAGGGUCAUAAUUGGAAGCAAAAGACACCACAGAGGACUAGCGAUUCUGUAUAGGAGCAAAGAUUUUGUUCACUGGACUAAGGCUAAGCAUCCUCUUCAUUCAGCCAAGGACACUGGAAUGUGGGAGUGUCCUGAUUUUUUUCCUGUGUCUAGUGUGACACAAAAUGGUCUUGACACAUCCAUGAUUGGUUUGGGGAUUAAACAUGUGCUCAAGGCUAGCUUGGAUGACACUAAGCAUGAGUACUACACAAUUGGGACUUAUAACCAUGGCAAGGAUGUUUACACCCCGGAUAAGGGAUCCGUGGAUAACGAUUCCGGUUUGAGAUAUGAUUAUGGGAAGUUCUAUGCGUCAAAGACAUUCUUCGACAAUGUCAAGAACAGGAGGAUAUUGUGGGGAUGGAUCAACGAAUCGACGAAUGCAUCCAUUGAUGUCUUGAAGGGAUGGUCAGGAGUUCAGGCAAUUCCUAGGAAAAUUUGGCUGCAUAAAUCUGGGAAACAAUUGGUGCAAUGGCCAAUUGAAGAGAUCGAGAAGCUACGUACGAAACGAGUUGACUCGCCAAGUACAGUGCUCAAGGGAGGAUCAGUGGUGGAAGUUUCUGGGGUGACAGCCACACAGGCAGAUGUAGAUAUUGCAUUUGAAAUAACAGAGUUUGAGAAAGCUGAAGUGUUGGACCCUAGUUGGACUAACCCACAAGUGCUUUGUAGCCAAAAGGGUGCAUCAGUAAAAGGUGGGCUUGGACCAUUUGGGUUACUUGUUUUGGCUUCAAAGAACUUGCAAGAAUAUACAGCAGUGUUCUUCAGAGUUUUCAAGGGUCAAAGCAAAUAUGUUGUGCUCAUGUGCAGUGACCAGAGCAGGUCUUCAUUACAUCUUGAUUAUGACAAAACCACCUAUGGAGCAUUUGUAGAUGUGGACCCUGUUCAUGAGAAAUUGUCACUAAGGAGCUUGAUAGAUAACUCCAUUGUGGAAAGCUUUGGUGGAGAGGGAAAAGCUUGCAUCACUGCUAGGGUUUAUCCCACAUUGGCUCUUGAUGGUGGGGCCCAUCUUUAUGCCUUCAACAAUGGAACUGAGAGUGUAAAAAUCUCAAGAUUGAGUGCUUGGAGCAUGAAGAAAGCUCAAAUCAAUUGAAACAAAGUAGUGUGCCUACACAUUAGUGAGAGCGAGAUGUAGAACAAAGAAGAUUUUUUUUUAUUAUUUUUUUUCUCAAUAAGUUUAUGACAAUUAUGGUGUUGUACCACAUAAAUAAAAUAAAUAAACAAUUCUGAUC